AUGUACCCAGGGAAUCAAACCUCAGAAAAUCAAAGUUCAAGCACCUAUUUCAUCCUCACGGGACUCUUUGAUCAAACUAAAUAUGCAGUCUUCCUCUACACCUUAACCUUUGUCUUUUUCUUGAUGGCCCUUAUUGGGAAUGCCCUUCUCAUCAUUCUGAUCUACAGAGAGCCCCGUCUCCACACUCCCAUGUACUUCUUCAUCAGUCAGCUCUCCCUUAUAGACCUCUUGUACAUAUGUGUGACAGUCCCUAAGAUGCUCAUUGACCAGAUUACCGACGAUAAUACAAUCUCCCCUGCAGGUUGUGGAGUCCAGAUGUUCUUCUACCUGACUCUCGCAGGAGCUGAGGUGUUCCUCCUAACUGCCAUGGCCUAUGACCGAUAUGCUGCCAUUUGCAGACCUCUCCAUUACCCACGGCUCAUGAACCCGAGAGUCUGCCGGCUCUUCAUGUCAGGAUACUGGCUCCUGGGAAUGUUUGAUGGUGUGUUGCUAACCCCAAUGACCAUGAGUCUGCCUUUUUGUGAGUUCAGGAAAAUCAUGAACUUUUUCUGUGAGGCCCCUGCCCUGCUGAAACUCUCCUGCUCUGACAUCUCACGCUAUGAGAUGUUCAUGUACCUGUGCUGUGUCAUCAUGCUCCUCGUGCCCACCAUGAUUAUCACGAGUUCGUAUGCUCUCAUCGUGCGCCUCAUUUACAGCAUCAAGUCCACUGAGGGCCGCAGAAAGGCAUUUGCCACCUGCUCCUCCCACAUGGUGGUAGUGCUGCUUUUUUUUGGUGCUGGCAUAUACACCUACAUGCUCCCAAGAUCCUAUCACACAGGUGAGCAGGACAUGAUGGUUUCUGCUUUCUACACCAUCAUCACUCCUGUGCUCAACCCCCUCAUUUACAGCCUCCGGAACAAAGAUGUCACAGAGGCUUUGAGGAAACUGAUACCAUCAAGGAUGAGACUAAGAAACGUUGUGAAUGGGAAAACCUAG